AAAUAUGAUUUAAACCGUAAUUUAAACUGGAUCAAACCCUAUUUUUUCAGUUUGGUUUGGUUUGAUUUAAAAAUUUUUGAAACUGUUUUUUUCAAUUUAAUUUUAAAAAUCUGUCAAAUCAUAUCAAACUAGAUCAUACGCACUUUUUGAAGUUGUUGAAUUCAAAAAAAAAAUUACUUCAAUUGUUGAAUUCAAGAAAAGCAAGUUGCUCUCUCUUUCUUUUAAAUCAAAAAUUACCAGAUCCACUAAAUUUGGAAUCCAUGAAAAUUAGCUAAAUUAUAAACAUAGAAUUCAAAAACAAUAAUAUUAACUAAUCCAAUUAAACCGUUGCAAACACAUACCAAAAUUUGCUCUUUAUAUAAUAAAGGGUAAAAUAAUUAUUUUAUUUGUUAAAAGUAAAAUCGUUAUCCCAUAUUUAUAUUAACAGAAGGUAUCAAUAGAAUUCCUGCAUGAAUGAGGAUUUAGGUUUUUUAUAAUUAAAGAAUAAGUGUUAAAAUUUCAUGAAAAAAAUGUUUGGAGGCGGCAGAGUAGGGCUGAAUGGUACUUAGCCUUUUGCGAUUGGCCUAAAUCACAUCCGAAAAGGUAAAAUUUCGCUAAAUUUAACUCAAAUCAUCUUAGCGUAAUUUAAUAAAAUUGCACCUUUCCGUCACAAAAUUACAUUUUGGAUUACAGAUUAAGAUUUCGAAGGGUGACACUUAAUUUCUCCAAACGCUGGGUGGGACAAGGAAUUUACGUUAAUAUCUUGAAAUGAAUUAUUUCAAAAGGCCUCAAAGUUAUGAUUUCUAUAGAUCCCCUCCUUGUUUCACUCCUCCUGUCCUCUCCUACUUGACCCUUCGGCUCUGACAGCUGGAGGCUGCAAAUUGUUAUCGGCUUAGAGUUUGAAACCCAAAUACUGUUACGAAAAAAUUAUCAAUAACAGAAGAAAAAACACAGAAAUUUCCAAAACACUGAAAACAUUUUCAUUUUCUGAAACGAAAAUGAUGGCAAAAUGUUCUUUUCAAUCUACUGACACCCCCCUGUUAAAGAGCCUCGAUGGGUUUAGCCACCUCGCAUAAAUGCGUCAUUUCAAGGAGAGAUGAUGUUUGGUUUGCAGCACUCAGAAGGUCUUGCAUUCACUUGACUUGGAGUGAUCGUAGUGCUAUAUGCCUUGAGGUACAUUGGCAUCCGAAUAUGAAAACCUUGGAGGUGAAGUGGGAUGGAUGGGCAAGCCAAAUAAGGUCACUCCAUCCCUUAGUCUUGAUCUAGCUGAUAAUAUAAUAAAUCAGCGAUGAACAUGGUCGGUGUUGACACUAAAGACUAUUGCUGUGGACAAUUGCCUUCAGCAUGAUAUUAUGGGAGCCAAUGCAGCUGGAAUCAAGUCAGUAUUUACUACUGGAGGAAUCCAUGCAAAUGAACUUGGACUAAGUAGUUUCAGAGAAGUUGCAGAUUUAUCUUCUGUCCAAAUUCUUUCAUCAAAAUAUGAUGCACAUCCAUCAUAUGUGUUACCAGCGUUCAUAUGAUAAAAUCUUAUUGAGCCACUAAGUUGGAAAGUGAAAUUCAUUAAGACCGACAUGGUAGAGAUUUGAAGAAAAUCUGAAGAUGAUCAACGCCACAAGCCAAUAGAUCAUUGCUUCUUCCUAAAGUUGGGGCUUCAUCAUGUCGCCAUGGUACCAUGAACUAAUUGUGAUGACGAGGAAUAUUUGCAGUGGCAGGGAGACAAUGCAGGCUUCUCUGUUUAUAAUGUUGUUUGACUCAUGAAUGGUGUUUGGAAAUUAUGAGGACCUGUUAAAUUUUCCGAACCACGUAAAUUAGGUGUUCUUGUGUGUGUGAUUGUCUUAUGGCUUUCUUUCACUAAUCUUAUAUACUUGUUGUAACCAAUAAAACCUCAGGCUAAUUAGGCAGAAAAAGGUUUGAUAAUAAACAUGUUAAAGCACUGCCUGUUUGUUAUUGAGUCAUCACCAUUUCAGUGAUGCUGAAGCUUUGGGUUGUGACAAGCCUUAAUUGCAAACAUUCAUUAACCUCUAAUAAGUUAACCCUUUUGUUAAAAUUGGAAACAAGCCUAUAUGGCACAGCCAGAAAUGACCUAAUUGAGAAGGGGAAAAUUCUCAGUGAAAUCUUAUAAACAGAGAGCGAGCAGAGAAUCUCGUUUGCUUUGUACAAUUUAAAAGCAGAGGAGUGGUAUAUAAGAAGACUGUCCUUUCCAUGUAAAAUAUAUACAGAGUGAAUUAUGAAGAAUGAUUAAGGGUGAAGAGACCCAAAUGGCUGAGGAAAGGCGCAAAGAAUGACUCUCUAUUCCUCUUUCUUUUUUAAAGGCAUGAGCUGUAAACAACAUUUGAAAGAUUCCUUUCCUUUCUUUAUCUCAAGAAUAAGUAAGGUAUUUAUCUAAGAAUGACUUGUGACUCAAACAUUCUUUUAUUUUGAGCACUCUCCUUAUAAACAAAAUUAACAACUUUCUCUUUCUUUCUCACUUUCUUGCCUUCUUGUUACAAUCUUAAAUCUUUCCUUAUUUCCAACAAUCGAGCCAUGGAAGUCGUUCUUGAAUCCAUCGUCUCCGAACUCAUUAAGGGGUUGUUUAAGAUAUUGGGGUCCAAUGAAGUGCGGGACUUUGCCCGGCAACUUGUCGGAGGGGUAGAUUCAGAGAUCAAAGAGCUGAAGGAAAAGUUGACACACAUCGGAAAUCUUCUUCGCGAUGCGGAAGACAAGCAACUCUCAGGUGAAAGCGUUAAGAACUGGCUUGGCAAUCUUCAACACUGGGCUUAUGAUGCUGAGGACGUACUGGAUGAGUUUGCCUACGAAGCUUUGCGACACAAACGCAAGGCAGAACACCAGGCUAGCUCCAGCAGAGGAUUUAGCUGUCUCCCUGCUUCUUUCUCUAGUCCUUUGUUCGCUGUCCAGAUGGGGUGCAAGAUCAAAAGAAUCAAUAGCCGGUUGGAUAAACUUCGCCAAAAAAGAUUAGCUGAACUUGGUGAUCAAGUGCUUUCUGGAACGACAUCAAGUAAUGCUGUAGUUCAAGGACGAGAGGAAACUUCAAGCUUCCCACCUGAACAAGUUGUUUAUGGCAGAAAUGACGAGGAAGCCGAACUAUUGAAAAUGGUGAAAAGCGGUACCAACUUUCAAGUAAUAGCAGUUGUCGGCAUGGGAGGGAUCGGCAAAACGACAAUUGCUCGGGCUGUGUACAAUCACAAGGAGUUGGAAGAUUUCAAGUUUGAGAAAAAAGCGUGGGUGUGUGUUUCAACCACCUUUGACGUUCUCAAAAUCUCAAAGGCACUUCUUGAGCAAUUCUCGUCCUCUGUUCCAAAUAAUUUAAAUGCAGUGCAAGGUAAGCUAAAAGAUGAAGCAAGUGGAAAAAAAUUCUUGAUAGUAUUAGACGAUAUUUGGAAGGUGGAGUCCGAGAAAUGGGCACAGCUCAUGUCUCCUUUCACAGCUGGUGCACCUGGAAGCACGACGAUUGUGACAACACGCGAUACGGAUGUUGCACAAGAAAUAAGAUGCCCUCAUUAUAAAUUAAGGCCUUUAUCCGACGAAGCUUGCUGGUCUUUGUUAGAGGAGCAUGCAUUUGGGACUUUUGCAGCUGCUGUUCCUAAUCAAAUUUCGGAUUCAAUUUACAAGAGAGUUGUUGAAAGGUGUGGCGGUCUACCACUGGCAGCAAAGACCCUCGGUGGUCUUCUACGCUUUAAGCCAAGUGAUAUAUGGGAAAAUAUAUUGGAAAGCAAAAUAUGGAGUACAUCUAAUAAAAGAUUAUGAAUUUGAGGAGAAGGAACUUGCACUUUUAUGGAUUGCGGAGGGUAUCGUUCAACCAUCUCAAAAGGCCCUGGAUGAGGCAAGUGAGUGUUUUAAAAAAUUAUGUUCAAGGUCGCUUUUCCAACAAUUGAGUA